AUGGCUGACGAAGAAGUACUUAGCAAAGCUGGUAUACACAUUGAUGAAAUGAAUCGAAUACGACUCUUGGAUCCAGAAAUAUCUGACACUCUGAGCGAUUUGAGAGGUCAAGCAAGAGACUUUGGAGCACAGAUGACUUCAUUCCGAUCGACCACAGAUGGACUACUCAAGGCUUUCGAAGAGAUGGCUACAUUGGUGGAAGCUCAGAAGUUACGAGCGAUGGCUGCUCGAGCUGCUCUUCAGUCGGCAGAUAAAACUAAGACAUCGGAUUCACGGCAGUUACAAAUUCAAAUACGUGAGAAGCAAGUGGAGUUGGAACGAUUGCGAGUCGAAUUGGCCGCUUUACAACAGGUGGAACAGGAACAAAAAGAUAUCAUACAACAGUUACUACACGGAUGA